GAUUUCUUUGUAAACUUCCGUAAAUUAAAUUUGGGAACGAACAGUGCUCUCUGUAAACCUAGGUUACAGAUCCGACGGGAAGAAGGGAGAGAGGUUAGGGAAGACUAACAGAUUGCCAUGGAUUCAGCAGCUCGACGAACCGGCGGUGGCCUUUUUGAAGGGCUUUACAAAGUGAUUAUGCGCCGGAACUCUGUCUACGUGACUUUCGUCAUCGCUGGUGCUUUCCUCGGAGAAAGAGCUGUGGAUUAUGGAGUUCAUAAGCUCUGGGAGUACAACAAUGUUGGGAAACGAUAUGAAGAUAUUCCAGUUUUGGGGCAAAGGCAGUCAGAAGAAUGAAUUGUCUAAUCUCUUGACUUUUUUAUAAUUUUCAUUCCCUCUGAACAAAGCAUGCAAUAUGCACUUUGUAGCUAUACCAAUUUUUGCAAUAAGUAUUUGGUGAAUUAAACUUAUCACUUAAUGAUUGUUACAUUGAACUGGGAGUUUGGAGUUGUUUCAUCAGUUUUCAUUUCCUUUACUACAAUGAGGAGCAUUGUAUUGGUUCGGUUCUA